AUGUCACAAAGCACUGAUCAACUGAUCACUCGCUCACAGAGCUCUGCGUUCAGCUAUUGUCACAAGUUUUUUAGCCUAUACGAAUCGAAAUUUAUGAAUCAUGGCGAGACUAUUGAUACAGCGCUCCUGCAAUCUGAAGAUUCACCAUCAUGGCCCAUUGAUAUGCCUUUCCCGCUCGACCUCCUCGACACUGGCUGCAUUGCCACUGGUCUUCCUUGGCUGGGGGAUACCGAAGUUCCUUUGAUACCAGAGAACGGACUAUCCUCUGACCGCAAUGAACGGUUUGAAGACGACUAUUCGGAGAUCGCGGAUGUUGUAGACAUGAGCUUAUUUGAAGAAGGCACCUUGGCAGUUUCCCCUUCAUGGAUUGCUGUCGCGGGGCAGCUUUUCCGAAGCUCAUCUGACACAACUUCAAGGGAUGGAGCUCUUGAAAGGGGGAUGACCGCGGACGCUCUAGGCGAUAUGCCGGAUUUCUCAGACUUAGUCCAUUUUGAACCUGAUGUUCCGCUUGUGACGUCAGAAGCUCAAGACUUGGAGGCCCCUAUAGCUCCAGAAUCACAGCGCUCUGAGAUUCCUAGCUCACCGAUCUGCAUUCUAGAAGAUGCUAAGAAACAUAUCGAGAGAAUCUACCCAACGGAGGAUGAUUCUGAUGGAGAGACCACGAACACCGAACCAAUCCGCUACUCGUCAAGCGAUAACUUCAUCGAGCGCCAAAGGAUUGUCAUCGAUCUGACUAAGGAAGAUGACUCUGAUGACGAGCCAAUGAGUACCGAACCAAUUCGUCACUCGUUGAGCGGCGGAUCGAUCGAGUGUCAAAGAAUUGACAUCGAUCUAACCCAAGGUGACGACGAAGAGAAGCUGGCAGCCUGGAACGACAACGUUUAUGAUGACACAAACUACUAUUACAGGAGUUCUUAUGAAAACAGACGCUACUUUAUUACCCCGGCCAGCGACUUUCCUUACUCAAGGGCUGACAGCAACUUUGUAACAACAGCGCUCAUAAUGAAUGGCAAAUCCUAUCAGUGGAAUUAUCGCUGCAAGGAGUACAGGAGUGGGAAUUCUUGUGCUAGGCCAAGACACAAAGAUACAACAAUCGUCAUGAGAGCUGGCGGAAUCGAUAUCCCCAUCAAACUAACCUAUAGAGGGUUUGGCAUUUGGGAAGGCGCAAACUAUUGUAUGGGAGUAGCUAUUAGUAAUAACACAGCGAGAGAGAUAGUGUUUAACCGACAAUUAAUACGGCUAAAAAGGAAGAAAGGCUCCUAG